ACUAGUGAACUCAGUUACAGGUAGACUGACUGUGUUUUCUGCAGGUACAGAGCAGGGACACUGAUUCUGGUUGAUUAAAAACCUCUCACCUGCACAGAGUACCGCAAAGACGACCAUGAAGUCACAGGACAGCCCGUGCUUGCACUCCGACUAAAUGACUAAAUAAACCACAGCAAUGUUUUCAAAUUCACAUUUAGCUAGUUUUACAGUUAAAGGCACACAAGCCAAGGAUCAAAUGACUUCUGAGUGCGUGUGACGUGCACACUCGUGCCAAUACUAGAUUUAUCCUUGAAGUCAAAGAGUCACUCUUCCAGUGUCCUCAACAAAAAUGAAAAAGUUAAUUUGGGUCAGCACAGUCAUUUUUCUGCCCUCCUCCCAAAUGUACUUCCUAUCGAUGGAGUGAGAAAAGUGCCUCCCAUGGUCAUCUCAUUGCCUGUUUUCAUCACUCAGUCAUCUUCUAUGUGAUCUAGAAGAAGUGCACCAAUAAUUAUUACAAGGGUAUUUGCUUUCGGUACGCUCAGUUCAACUGAGGUGUUUAAAAAGGUUUGUGUCUUUGCAGCAAAGUGAAAAUGCUGAAUGACCUCCUCCAAAUGUGAUUCCAUCAUUUUUGCCAGGACUGGUAUUGCUGCUUAAAGAAAAACACAAAGUGUUGGUUUAAUCAAACCAGCUGCUAACGCCUGUUAGCCACUGGAAAGUGUCUGGAUCUGUAUCUCUCAUUAAAUUAGUUAAUUUUAAUUAGGAACUAAUUUCAAAUGUAGCAGCAGACUCGUCACACCAGACAACAUUUUUCCAUGGACUGAGCUUCAGAGCAGACAGCAGAACUACAGCUAAACUAUAAGGAGGUAAACUGCCUAUUCACUGUCAGAUACUGUGAGAGGAGUACUACAUGCAUCACUGAAAUAUGGCUGCACUCAUACUUUCACAUAGUACUUGGCUUAUAACUUUUUGGCAGAUAGAGACGUUGGUCUGAGUGCUCCAGAGAAAGGUGGAAUUUCACUCUUUGUGAUUGAAAAGCGGCUCAAUCCUGAGCCCGGAUGUUGAUUGUCAGGAUGCAUCCAGAACUCUUUGGGUAUUAUUACCACUGAACCAUCAACGUUGUGGGAAACGUCUUGUCUGGCUCUUGUACAGAUGAGCCCUUCAACUUUUGCCUCACGUGUGAUGAAGUUGCUGGAGAAACUAGCUGAAGGUUUAAUAGAAACCUCAGCCCUCUGCAGUUCAUAUAUCCCCUAAAUUUAGGAGUGGAUGAAGCAGUUAUUUACCUGUUGAAGAGAGCUUACUCCUGUCUGCAUAGUAACAGCUGAUUAUGUGAAUCUGAAAUCGAUCGAUCAACACAAACAAGUUGUGUUUGUGAAGUUUUAACUUGCCUUUGUGACAGGGUCAAGCAACAAUACAGAGCCUAACUGCAGUGUGCACGGCUUUUGAUAAGGAAGAAUAAGAAGCACAGAAUCAUUUAUAGAAAUGUUAUCUGCCCGCUGUGGUCACAGAGCACAAUGAGAACGUUCUGUCCAAAAGAUCGCUUCUGCAGUCGACUAUCUCGUGUGUUCAAAUUAUUUAAAGACAAUACGUGAUAUUUUUGUAGGACCCUAUUCAGCCAAGUCAGCUUGACACAGAGAGGGGCAGAAUCCUUUCCAUCACAUCACUGAGAAUAACCUUUUUGAUUUCUUCAGUGCAUUUAACACAGUCCAGUCACUGCUGGAUAGUGUACAGCAUACAGGUCAUUUACAGGAAAUGUCAGUGACUACCUGACAGACACACUGGAUUAUGUGAGAUUGGGCAGUGCUCCGUUUGAUUUGGUGGUGUGUUGUUCCCCAGCAAGCAGCACAACGUGCCACUACUCUUGUCGUCUUCUCAAGACUGGGUCUGUGCAGCCCCUAAUCUGCUUUCUAUAAUACUACUAUGGAGAAGUACCUGAUAUAACUGCAAUUCAAAAAUGCAAACUAUCUUUUUUUCACAAUUUUAUUUCAACGGUUUUAAAAACUUAUUUUAAGUUUUCUUUCUGUAAAUGGGAACUAUUUCAUUGCAUAUUGUGCUAUUACAGAUAAAUAUUUCACAUGUGCGUUUUAUUGUCAAUUAACAAUCAAGAACACUAUACAAGGCAAAUGUUUUGUUAAAAUUUACAAUUAAGAGAUGGUUUCAUGAGUGAAAGUACAGUUUACAGCAGGGUAAAAACACCGGUUACGCUCAAGAACAGGAAGGCCAGAUUACUUUGCCAGAAACAUCUAAAAGGGGCCUGCACAAUUUUGGAAAACAUUUUUUUGGGGACAGAUGAAACCAGAAUGAACUUGUAUCAGAAUGAUGGAAGAGAAACAGGUAAUGAUCUGAAGCAUGCCACAUCAUCUGUCAACAUGUUAUGUCAGCACCAAAAACAAAAAAACGAAAAAGACCAGUUAGACUCUCAAAGCAAAGUUUGUGUUACUUGAUGAAGCAUGUGUCCUUGGACCAAAUCUAUGACUGAGGUAUUUUUUGGACCUCCACAGUGGCAUCAGCAGUUGCACUGUGGGUUCUUGUAACCCAGCUGACUCUUUUCAAUGUGGAGAAGUAGCUGCUCUACUCUGAGUCCCUCGCAAACGACUGAACUUCUCACCCUAUCUCUGAGAGGCCAUCCACCCUUUGGAGAAAUCUCAAAAAUACCAAAAUGUUUUUAAGGCUCAAGUUGUGAUUGGCCUGCUGACUUAAAAUCCUCUCCUUGCACUGGCAGUGGUGUAUCUGAGUUGUUUUAAUGUUUUUAAAACCUCCGGCAAAAUCAAAAAGCCCCAUAGUCCUAUGUUGUGUUACUGUGUAACUAACACACAUUUUUAAUCAGUAACUUUCACUGUUGCUUUUUAAGCUGUGGAUUAAAAGACAGGAAAACUAUAAACUAUCACAUAUUUGAUUGGCUGCUGCAAACUUCAUUGGUUAAACAGACAGUACUGCCUCUACAGAUAAAUAAGGAUGUGUGCAGACAGUACUUGUUAGAGAACUGAGAAGCAAACAUGGACAUGCAGAGCAAUGUGGAAAAGAGGGAACACUGGAGUAAGAAAAGAGAAUAUAUCCUGGCAUCUGCUGGCAAUGUGGUGGGCCUGGGCAAUGUGUGGAGAUUCCCUUACCUUUGCUACAAGAAUGGUGGAGGUGCCUUCUUGUUGCCUUACCUUUUCUUUGCUGUACUGUGUGGCAUGCCACUCUUCCUCCUGGAAACUGUGAUUGGUCAGUACACACAGGAGGGCACUAUCACCUGCUGGACCAAGCUCUGCCCGCUGGCACAGGGAGCUGGUUAUUCUAUCAUCAUGAUCCAGCUAUAUUCCAGAGUCUACAGCAUUGUUUUGGCCUGGGCCCUUCUCUAUCUUGUUUACUGUUUCCGAGACCCUCUGCCCUGGGCUACCUGCAACAAUUCCUGGAACACAGAUAGAUGUGUGGACAUCACCUCUGCAAACCAGACUGCAGUACACAGUGGCAACGCGACAAUAGACUGGAAACUGGGAAAUCUCACAAAAUCUUCAGUCUCAGAGUUCUGGGAGAGACAAGUGUUGUCCAUAUCCGCAGGAAUAGAGGAGCCUGGUGCAGUAAAAUGGGAGGUGCUGCUUUGCCUCCUGGCCUGCUGGGUGGCCUGCUACUUCAGCAUCUGGAAAGGCGUCCGCUCAGCAGGAAAGGUGGUGUAUUUCACAGCUGUUUUCCCUUAUGUGAUGUUGGCCAUCCUGCUGGUCAGGGGAUUGACACUGCCAGGUGCCUGGGAGGGCGUGGUCUACUACCUGUAUCCAGAUCCUUCUCGUCUGGCAGAGCUUCAGGUCUGGAUGGAUGCUUGUGCUCAGGUCCUCUUCUCGUAUGGUGUUUCAUCAGGGAGCUUGAUCACACUGGGCAGCUACAACAGAAAACACAACAACUGUUACAAGGACAGUCUGUGGUUGUGUGCGCUGAAUAGUACCACCAGCUUUGUUGCCGGGUUCACGGUUUUCUCAGCUCUGGGCUUCAUGGCCUAUAAACAGGGAAUUCCUAUUAACAUGGUGGUGGAAUCAGGCCCUGGGCUGGCAUUCAUUGCAUUUCCUCAGGCUGCAGCCAUGAUGCCAGUUCCUCAGCUGUGGGCAGCAUGCUUCUUCUUAAUGCUCAUUUUGUUGGGGAUUGAUACAGUGUUUACAGGCUUGGAGACUAUAACAUCAUCAGUGAUUGACAUGUUCCCAGGACAGAUGCGCAGACCUUGGCGCAGAGAAGUCUUCCUCAUAGUCUUCUGCUUAGUCUGCUUCAUCAUACAGAUCUCCCUCACCACUCAGGGAGGAGUCUAUCUGUUCCAGCUAACCGACCACUAUGCUGCUAAUGGAGCGUGCAUAUUAUUCGUGGGUCUGCUCCAAUGUGGGGCUGUUGGCUGGGGCUUCGGGGCUGAACGGAUGUGCGAUGUAGUUGAAGAUAUGACAGGACACAGGCCAUCGGUAUUCUUCAAGCUGUGCUGGCGUUACUUCACCCCCCUGAUCUCUGUGGUUUGCUUCAUCGGCUUCUUUCUGGACUACCAGCCCCUGACAUCCAACGAAGGCUACAUGUACCCAAACUGGGCCUACCAUCUGGGCUGGGUCAUGGCCCUCUCCUCUGUGGUUGUAGCACCCAUCUGGGCUGUUAGCAAGAUCUGCCUCAGCAAGGACCCCCUCAGAAAGCUUGUGAUCGAUAUCUGGAGCCCUGUUGAUGCCCUCACGGUGAGACCAGAAGAUAUCCAAAAUGAAUUAGAGAUUAAAGCAGUGUCACUUACUGAUAUCUGAGUAGAGAGAGUAUUUCUGAUGGACAACAUAUUAAUCUAUGUAUUCAUAUUCUUUACUUAAUAAAUAUUACUAGAAAAUAAAGCUUUGACA